AUGUCCUCGUCCAUCUCCGUCCCCCGAUCACCUCCUUCGCCGGCGAGCGUACCUACCGCUCAUAAAAAGGUCAAGCUGGCCACUAUCGACGGUGACUUUGCCGAGCCCGUACAACAAGCGUCUGGAUCUGGGUCCGGGUCUGGUAGCAACCCGACCGCUGCUGAUGGAAAGGUUGACAACCGCAAGAAGAACGGCAAGAAAGAAUCGAAGCAGAGGUCGAGGAGGGCUCCCCCGAUCGACGAGGUGCUCCUACACGACCUCUUGUCGACCUUGGGAUGGAGCGAGUUGCCGAAACCGAGUGAUCCUCCCUCAGAGGCACAGACGCUCGGACAGCGAUUAUGGCCCAAGACGGCUCCGGCGUGGAAGAGCUCGCGAGGGGGGAAGAAAGCUGUCGAGCCGGUAGCGGCAGAGGAGAACGAGAACAAGGUCGAACAACCAGCCUCCUCCAACGAUUGGGGCUUCACCGAAGCUGAAUUCACCGUCGUCGCUUUGACUUCUCACGGGGAUGGAAUCGCGGUCUACCCCGUCGCCCCCGAGAAACCGCAGUGGGCGAUCAUCAUGCCGUUCACCUUGCCAGGCGACGUGGUCAGAGCCAAGGUGACUCGUCACCAGCACUACCAUUCCUUCGCCGACCCGCUGAAGAUCAUCUCUUCGAACCCCUCGGCAUCCACCUUUCCCAUCCAAACCACUCGGGACGACUCAUUGGUAGGCUGCAAGUAUUUCGGGACGUGUGCUGGGUGUCAAUACCAGUCCCUACCGUACGAGCAACAACUCGCGCUCAAACGUCACGUCCUCGUCAAGGCCAUGAAGAACUUUGCCAACCUGCCAUCCGAACAGAUCCCCGAGGUCAAGGAGACGAUCCCUUCCCCGAAACAGUACAACUACCGGACAAAGAUCACCCCGCAUUUCGAACUCCCGAAAGCGUUGCAGACAGGGAAAAAGGGCAGACAGGCGUUGAACGGGGCCAAGAAGAAUAACGCUGCGUCGGCUGCGGAAGCUCAAGCUCAGGAGGAACAGGCUAGCAAUGAGCAGAACGAGAUUUCAGCCGAGCUCGAUACGCCCAUCGGGUUCGAGGGGAAAUGUAAACCCGGGAUCCUCGAUAUCGAAGUCUGCCCGAUCGCGACCGAGGCCAUCAUGAACGCCAUGCCUGCAGCACGAGCUGCGGUCAAGCAGAACAUACGGUCGUACAAACGGGGAGCGACGUUGUUGCUGCGAGAUUCGCUCGUCCCCGAAGUCUCUGCUGGCGGGUCGAGCGAGACGGAGCAGAAGGAGGCGGAGAAGGUUGACCCGGUGGUGGAUGUUCCGGCUGGUGUGAUGGACGAGGAGGAGCAAGGGAUGAACGAGGGAUCGACGCCCGAGGUCGCCAUCGCUACCAGACGGUCGUCCAAGGGCAAGACCAUCGAUCUCGGUUUGAGCACCGACGUCAAGCUCAAAUCCCCGGAAGAACAUGUCUGUGUCUCGGUGCAUAGCCAUACUGUGACAGAGCGGGUUGGAGAUAUCAUCUUCCAGUUCCCCGCAGGUUCCUUUUUCCAGAACAACGCCUCGAUCUUGGGCCCCUUGACCUCAUUCGCGCGGGAUCAAAUCGACAAGGAUUCGGAUGAGAAGAAGGAGUCUUACCUGGUCGACGCUUACUGUGGGAGCGGACUUUUCAGCUUGACGCUGGCAGAGCAUUUCACCCAAGUCUGCGGGAUCGAGAUCGAUCCCAACUCGAUCGCUUAUGCUCGUCAUAACGCCCUUGUCAACAAGAUUUCCAAUGCCACCUUCCACGCGGGCGCUUCCGAGUCACUGUUCGACACGGUCACCCAAUCCCUCGCCUGGCCUGGAGACAAGACUACCCUGAUCGUCGACCCGCCUCGAAAAGGAUGUGACGAAGGCUUCCUGGGCCAGGUCGUCAAGUUCAACCCCAAGCGGAUCGUCUAUGUCAGCUGCAACGUGCACACCAUGGCCAGGGAUGUCGGGCAGUUGGUCAGGAACAGCAACGCCGGGGGCGCCAAGGGGUACAAGAUCGACAGUCUAGGCGCGAUCGACUUGUUCCCUCAGACGCAUCAUACGGAAGGUCUUUGCGUGUUGACCAGGGAGGUGUGA